AUGGAUGGAAUCAUGCAUCUCAUUGUCGCCUCACCCGACCUUCGCUCCCAGCCGAGGGGUCUAGAACAGCUCCCUAGCAGUGAUCAGCUCUCUUUCUGCAGCGCGGUCACCCCGUUGCACUGGCAGCGGCGCCCGGAUCGCCGUAACGGCCCUCGCUUCGAUCCGGCAGGCCUGUUGCGAGGUAGGCGACACGCACGUCGUGCCCUGUCGCUCUUUGCCGGCAGUGGGCCAUUGGGACCGAUUGCGCGACGAACCCGGGACACCGUUGCCAGCCAGCCAGUCCUUUACAGAGCCGGCGCCGGACUGCCUGCUUUGCGUUCGGAGCCGACCAGGCUGACAUUCGUCGAGAUACUGCCAACAGCCUUGACUAGGCCGUUGGCAGGCCUGACCACAGGAGCGCUGUCUAGCCGAGUCGCACCGGGAAGGGCGAGCCGCCGCAACCCCAAACAGGAGAUUUUCCGCCAGUCGCGCUUUUCAACGCACGAAAGCAGCGUACCAUAUCGCCUCCGGCCUUCGCUGACGGAGGACGCUUCCGAAAGCGAGCCGACCCUGCAUACUGUCAGCGACUUGUUCGCAUCAUCGCUCCGCCCCGAGACUGACGUGCUGCAGCCUGCUGGCGGCAGCGGCAAGCUACGCGUCGCCCUUGGUCUCAGUUUGGCCUUGCUCCAUCACCCGACCUGGUCCACGCUACCGGAUGAAGAUCAUUGCUGGCUUCAUCGUCGUUGCAGAUCGGCUCGAAAUGCCUCGAAAGAAAACGUGGGGUCUGCGCUCAGAACGCUCGAUUUGCUAUCGGUUUUGCUAAACGUGCCAAAGCGAGUCUCGGGUCCUGACGAUCCGGAUCGUCGUCGUGCGGUCAAUCCAUCCUCGAGGAUGUCUCCGCACAACGGCAAAGAGUUUCGAAGCACAGCCCUUCUAUGUGACCGACCGCUCUCGGUUUCAGCCAGGGCUCUCGACGCCUCUGUCUCGUCUCGGGCAGUGUCUCUGGCUGUGACCACUGUCUCUGAUCCGUCGCACCCGAUACAAGGCAGCUGGGCCGCCUCUCGCCCCAAUGUGGGGAAGUGCCCAUCGCAGGCUCAUAGCACAGCGUCACUGAGCCAUCUUAGGCAUCGCCCGAAUCUCUCAGAGGUAGUGCCGCUUGUGGUCUCGAAUUCGACGCCAGACAUGCAGAGCAGCUGUGAUGAGCAGACCGGUGUGGCGGUUUGCCAAUCCAGGCGAUCAAACCUGCGGUAUCAGGCCGCAGAAGCGCAAUCGCGGGCCGGCAUCCGCAGAAAGCACAUGGCGCUCGAGCGAUUCGACUCAAAGACCGCUGCAUUGCAUCGCAACUCGGGCUGGGAAGCUGGCUUAGUACUCGUGUGCACCUCUCCCCCACCUGAAGGGGUCGCCGUUGGUCCGGCGGAUGAUGAUUGGUCUACAGUCCAGCAUGUGGAGACGCUCGAGAAAGCGGCCAUCGGCACUACGUAG